AUGAAAAGAAAAAUAGAGCCUGAUAAGGAUGAUGAUGAGCAAAGGCGAAAACAGUCCUUACGGGAAAGAACAGUGGGUUUUAAUGUCCAGGAUAGUGGUUUAACUACUCAAGAUGAUGGUUUUCCACAAGGACUUUUGACUUUUACUUGGGCAGAUAAAAACAGCAGUGAGAUUAAACUGCCUUCCUAUGAAAAUAAAGAACUUGAGGCAAGAUUUGAGAAGCACAAGGAUUCUUAUAUUCAUGAGACCACCUACUUCUUUCUCAAAUCUACCAAGACACCUGUGCCCAACCCAACAGGAUUGCAACUUGAUGGAAAGAAACUAGAUGAAAUGAUUGUUAAUCUGCUAAAAGAAGAAGUUCAAUCUAUGUAUGAUAAGAAGUGGAGGCAAUUUUUUAUCAAGAACAGUAAUACCGCGAGUAGUAGCAGUGGUGAAAGUUCUUUGUUAAAUCGAUUUGGCGCAACAUUAUCCAAGAAACAGCUUCCUACUGGAGUAGUGCCACUUGUAAAACAAAAAAUUGAGCUUAUGCUACAUAACAAUGAAGUUGAAGGUAUGUCUGGAGGCGAUAUACCAAAAUCGGCCAUGUGGCUAUACAACAAGAUUCAACAUUUUAAAGAGCAAAAUUUGAUCAAUAUUCAUGAUUUGGCCAAUAAUUUCUUGGAAAGAGUUGAACACAACACCAAAAUAAUAAUAACAGUGGGAAAAACACUCAAGUCAGUAAUCAAUAGUAAAUUCGACUAUGACAUUCCACGUGAAAGGCUCGAUAUGUUACAAACAACAUGCAGAAAAUCAAUAGCAGGUCUUUCUAAAGCUAUUGAAACGCUGAUUGAAAUUUUAUUUUCUGGAAAAGUUGGACAAGACAAUUCGGCCACUACCUAUGAUAUUAUUGAAUUGGAUGACAUUGAUUUUAAUAAUCAAAACAUUGGAAAAGGUGAACAAGAUAUUGCUCUUUUGUCAAAUAUAACUUUAAAAUCACUGGAAGAAGCAGAUUUGUUUUCAUAUGCCGGUUUUUGGACAAUAAUGUCAAAAUAUGCAAUCAAUGCCAAUAUGAAUGAGACCGAUGCUUUCAAUUUCACUACUACACCUGCUCUUGCUAGCGCUUCAAGAUCUAAGAGUGGUGGUGACUUUGCUGCUUAGAAUAAAUCUUGCAAAGAAGCGGUUUUUUGGCUCUAGAAAAAAGCACAAUAGGGAUACUAAAAAAGUCUCAAAGGCUAAAGGAACCAAGUUGAGCAAGGGGCUUUUAAAACAAAAAAUGGAAACUCUCUUUGAAGUGCUUAUAAAGUAUCAAAGGGGUAAAGACAGAAAACUUCCGUGCAUAACGAGAUUCAUCAAGGCCAUUUUUGAUUCGACAUAUUACGUUAUUAACAAAACCACUGGCAGCGAUCCGGAAGAUGAAGGU